AGCUCGUGUAACUGCAUCCGCACACAAUUUGCAGCGUGCAGCAAUUUCUUAAACCCCUCCGAGCAAAAACCCUAAAACCAAACCAUCAAAGUCUUCUCUCUUCAGCCCCUUUCGUCUCUGUUCCUUCAAAUUCGAGCUCCAAUGGAGCAGAAAAUGGAGGAGCUCUCGUCGCCGGCCAACAAACGGCAGCCAAUUUUAUGCGAGGAGUGCAAAUUAUACCCGUCAAAGUACAAGUGCCCCGGCUGCUCCAUCCGCUCCUGCAGCCUCCCCUGCGUCAAUUCCCACAAGAUACGCACCGCCUGUACCGGAAAAAGGCCCGUCACAAGCUUCGUUCCGAUAUCACAGUUCGAUGAUAAUCUCUUAAUUUCAGAUUAUAACAUGCUCGAGGACGUGAAAAGAAUUGCCGAGUCAGCUCAGAGGAUGAGAAUGAAGUUGUGUGGAAACUCACAUUUUAAGCUUCCUUUACCCCUUAAAAAUCUUAAAUAUGCUGCCACGAGCCGUAGAACGAAACUGCUAUUUCUUUCUAGUGGAAUGUCCAAGAGGCAGAAGAAUAAGACUUACUACAACUACAGGAAGAAGUUCAUAUUGUGGACCAUCGAGUGGCGGUUUCAUUCAACUGAUGUCGUGUUGCUCGAUCAUGGAAUACAUGAGAACACAACUCUAUCCUCUGUGAUUGAAAAUCAUCUGAAACCCGGUCCAUGGAAUCACCCAUUGAAACAGUUUUGCGACGAGGCCUUGGACUCUCUCAAGUUUUUCAUCCGAAAAUAUCCAAAGGGAUCAAAAUCACCUUUCUUGCAACUAAACAUAAGGGCACCAAUUCGCGAACAGUUGGCAAAUACAGUUAUCCUCGAGUACCCAGUAAUCCAUGUCUACCUACCUUCCCACACCUUUGAUUUUGACGUAAUAAAACACGUCACGUUAAGUAAACCGGACACGAUCAAGGAGCCCGCCACCUGUCAAGAUAGCCCGACCAAUAAAGGCGUGACCUUUAAAGAGGAAGAAAUCGAGGAUGCUGAUUUGUCGGAACCUCUGAUCUCAGACCUCACGAACCAAGACUGCGCAAUAAGGGGAACUGAGAAAGCACAGGAAGAGUUGGAGUGGGGCCCGCAAUUCGAGACAAUCGAGGAAGUAGCAAAUCUCGAGGGGAAAUCGUGCAUAGAGCAACUGAACGAGAUUGGUGACUUUGAUUUCGACUUGGACUUCAACCUGGAUAUGACUGACGUGUGUCCAGAGUUGGAUUUUGGGUGCAAUGACGAAUUAUUUAUGAACAAAGAAGAAGAACUGGAGGAAGGGGAAAUUUCCUGAGGGGUUUUAUUUGUGUUUGACUGGUUUUGUACUCGCUCUUCAGCUCCAUAUAAAGGUUUCUUGUAUAAAGUGUGCGUAAUGAAUGUUUCGGUUAAAGGAGCCAGAGUUUUUCUCUGAAUAGAAAUGAAAUGAGUUGUUGCGACUGGCGAGGCUUGUGGUGUUUGGUUGGGUGUUGGUAUACCGGCUUACGAUGGGUGACCAGCAGCGAGUGUUUCCUCCUUGCAUUGUGCGGUUUUUUCAAAUUGUGUGCACUCUGUAGCAAGCCUGAGUCUUUGGCAAGUCUAUUACUAUUUUUCAAGUUUUUUUUUUUAUCAAUAUUAUUUUAAUUUUAUAAUUAUUAACAUUGUUUUGUUUGUUAAGUUUCUAUGUAUUCUGCUUCUGUUUAAUCUUCAUCAUAUGUUCUCCUGUAUUCUUUUUCUUCUUGUUUCGAUU